CCGGUGGGAGGCUGGCUUGGCGCCGCCUCGCGCGCCUCGCAGCAUCUUUGUUUUCCCUACGUCUUGACUUCCUGAGACGCCUGGGUUGGCCUGCCUUUCCCCAUUUUGCAGCCCCGGGGAGGGAAGACUCACAGCGUAAAAGGUGGCGUGUCUUGUCCUAGGACGACUCGCUGGGAAGGUGGCCCUUUGGUCUGAGUAAAUAUUAGUCCAGUGGACUGGUGGCUCCCCAGCAGGGACCACUGCGCCCCUGCCCCCGCCGCAGGGGGACUCUUGGAAGUCUCCAGGUCACAUUCUUGGUUGUCACAGGUGGGGAGACACUGUUGGCAUCUGGGUGAAAGAGGCCGUAAAACAUUGGCCUAGUUAAAACUGGUAGCCAGGCAGGCAAGCUCCAUCCAGAGCCUUGUCUCAUUUAUUUUUUUCCGUCUUUUUAAAAAGCAUUUUAUUUUUUAACUUCUUUUAUAAUGUUUUUCUUUUUAAUUGAAGCAUAAUUGCUUUUCGAUAUUGUGUUGGUUUCUGCCACGCCGGCGUGUGUCAGCCAUAGGCGUUGUGACCCCACCGUCGGCCCCAUGGAGGCGCCAGGACUGGGCCCCGUGAAGCAGGAGCGAGGUGCCGCCGAGGGUCUGACCACCGACUCGCCGUGGCACCGUUUCCGCCACUUCCACCUGGGCGACGCCCCGGGGCCCCGCGAGGCGCUGGGGCUGCUGCGCGCGCUCUGCCGGGCCUGGCUGCGGCCCGAGGUGCGCACCAAGGAGCAGAUGCUGGAGCUGCUGGUGCUCGAGCAGUUCCUGAGCGCGCUGCCCGCCGAGGUGCAGGCCUGGGUGUGCAGCCGCCGGCCGCAGAGCGGCGAGGAGGCCGUGGCGCUGCUGGAGGAGCUGUGGGGACCAGCGACGAGGGCGCCUCAGGAUGCAACUGGAGGCUCCGGGGUCGGCUCAGUAGAGGAAGCUGGUGAGGCGACACCCUCAGGAGAUGCGGCCCCUGGGGCUGAGGAACCGGCGACGGCGGAUGCCCAGGCCACGCGCCCCUAUAAGCAGGAGCCGGGCAGUCCCCCGCAGGCACCGCCGGCCCCGCCGGCGCCUGGCCUGCCCGCCUUCCUGGCGGCCCCGGGCACCGCGUCCUGCCCGGAGUGCGGCAAGUCCUCGCUGAAGCCGGCACACCUGCUGCGCCACCGGCAGAGCCACUCCGGCGAGAAGCCGCACGCCUGCCCCGAGUGCGGCAAGGCCUUCCGGCGCAAGGAGCACCUGCGGCGCCACCGCGGCACACACCCUGGCGGCCCGGGCCCGGCCCUGCGUCCGCUGCCCGCGCGCGAGAAGCCGCACGCCUGCUGCGAGUGCGGCAAGACCUUCUACUGGCGCGAGCACCUGGUGCGCCACCGCAAGACGCACUCGGGUGCGCGGCCCUUCGCCUGCUGGCAGUGUGGCAAGGGCUUCGGGCGCCGCGAGCACGUGCUCCGCCACCAGCGCACCCACGGGCGGGCGGCCGGCGCAAGUGGCGCCGCCCCAGGCCCCGAGGGCGCCACGCCCUUCCCGCCCUGGCCGCUGGGGUAGCGCCAGCCACGCACCUGCUGCCCCAGCCCCGCAUCCGCACUCCGGUGCCCGAGCCCUGUCGCGUGAUGCCCCGAACCUCACUUUCCGGGUCAGCCCUCGCCCCGCCCUCGUGGCCUCUGCUGUGCGGGGGCGUCUCUGUGGCCCUCCCCACCCCCGUCCUCCCGGGCCCGGAACCCAGACAAGGAGUUGGGCAGGGGCAGGGCUCCGGGCUGGAGGAGGCCGGAGGGAGGGGACUGGGCCUUGUCCCGCCUGGGGAGACGACCCCCUGCCCCUCCCAGGACGGAUGGAUUGCGCCACGGCUCCACCAGGACGGGCCGUGUUCCGGCAGGGGGGAUCCGAGGUCUGGCUCCUCCGCUCUGCGACUGCCCUAUCAGGCAGGCCCGAGGUGGACAAGCGCCUGCUCCUGGGAUGCGCGCCGGAGAUGGCCGCUGACCAGCAUCUGGAGAGUGUUAAUAAAGCCGCUGAUGAAUUGUGCA